UUCCGUUGUCGGAUUUAAAUGUUAUCGGCACGCCUCCUAGGAGGGACGCACAGACGCUUUCUGGUAACUAUAGAAAUAAUUUCAUAUUUACUGGAUACUAGUCGUAAAGGAGAAGAGGCAAUGAGCGUCUGAUACCAGGUCCAACAAAACAACACAACAGAUAUGUCCUCUGCAAAGGAAGAUACGUUAACCCCAGACGAACUGAGGAAAAGACUCUAUCAAACCUUUAAAAGUAAAGGUGUACUGGACACUCUCAAAACACAGCUGAGGAAUCAGCUCAUACAGGAGUUAAAACACCCACCUGUGACUGGAGGGGAGCCAGUCCCCAGACCAGCAUCAGUAACAUCUGAACCUCUUUUGGUUUCAACCUGUAACACCAUAGUAGCUGAUCAUCUCCGCACCUGUGGACACGAGUACACCCUUUCAGUAUUCUACCCUGAGAGUGGGCUGUGCAAAGACAAGGUUUCCUCAACAGGAGAACUUCUUCAGCUUCUUAGAGUACGUCCUGAAUCAGUACUUUACAGGACCCUGACUUCAAACAAAGAGAACAAUAAUAAAGGGUUCCUGAUCAGCCUUCUCACACACCUAACAGACCCUCAUAUACAAAGCCUGUGCCGUGAUGCUGACACUCAGACAACCAGCAUGGGAACAUAUGGAGACUCUCUUGUUGAGAAAAUGAAAAUGAUUGACAGAGAAUAUGAGAGCGUCGACUACGGUGCGGAUAAAUUGUUUUCAUUCCAAUCAAAGCUGGCUGCGUAUAGGAAAGAAACUGAAGCACAGAUGCAAGCAGAAAUGAACACCAAGAUGCUACACUUCAAAGAUGUAGAGAUUGCCAAAGUGAGGAUGGAAGAAAAAGCUAACUUUCACAGAGAAUUCGAUCAACUGAAACAAGAGCUGGAGAGGACGUAUGAAAUGAAAGCAAGGGCACUGAUGGAGCGGGAGAAGAACGCAAUUGAUCGGCUUCAAAAACAACAAGAGAUUGAAGAGAAAAAUGUGUACAUGCAGAGACAGUCUGUCCUGAAAGAAAUUGAAACAGUGCGGAACAGAGAAAAUGAGCUGAGGAUGAGAACAGAGGCGUUUGAAAAGACUUGUCAGAUUCAUGAGGAGAAAGUCAAAACCACUGAAGAGCUGCUGAGGAGGAGAGACCUGGCAGUGAGGACCAUGGAGGACACUUACGACCAAAGACUGAAGAAUGACCUGUCCAGAUACCAGCUCGAGUUAAAGGAGGACUUCAACAAAAGAACGGAAAGACUAAGCGACAGUGAGAGCAGAAACAAAGUGGAAACAGAUCGUAUCCAGAAAGAGUCAGAAGUCAUUAAUUCUAAACUAGAGGAGCACAGCCGAGCAUGUUCAGAGCUAAGACGUCUACAGGCCGAGCACGAUACAGCACUUCAGCACAUUUCCCUGCUGACUCAACAGAAGGAGAUGUUAAGAGAAAGACUUGAGAACAUGAGCGACUACGCCUGCUUGAAAAGAGAGAAAGCAGAGGUGCAGGGGCAACUGAGGCUGUUAAAGAAACAGCUGGAGGAAGCUCAAGAGGAGAACAGGUUUCUCCAUGGAGAUUUGGGCAAGCCAUCCAAAGAGCAGCUGGCUUUGCAGAUGGAGCUCCGGAGACUGCAGAGCGCUCGCAGACUGGAUGAGGAAGAGUUUGACAACCAGAAACAGGUGGUGCAGGCACAGCUCCAGAGUGAGGUGGAGCGGAGCACUCAGCUCAAGGCUCAGCUGAUGCAGUGUGAAGAGAAGGCACAGUGGAUGAGCAACCACAUUAAUGAUAUCAAAAUGCAGCUCCGUCAAACUCAGCAAGCUCUUGAAAAUGAAGUGCUGCGUAACCCAAAGCCUUCACUUGUCGAUCGCUCAGUACUGGAUCUCAGCCCCGACAAGCUGGUCCCCCCUGACUACUAUGUGGACCGAGCUCUGCUGAAGUCCAGGGUGGGUUAUGAUGGUGUUUGUGAAGCAGGUGCCGGAGGACGCGUGUUGCCUCGGAGCAGCUCUCCAGACUCGGACGAGGAGCUGGUGGCCGACUCCAAGGCUCGCAUUCAGGAGCUGCAGAAAGAGGCUGACAUGUUGGAGGAAGCUUACAGGAACUACCAGCAGAGGGCAGUGCGCUCCACUGUCUCACACAUGCUCCCCCCUAGAGCUCUCUCCCCUCCACAUCGCCCAGACCCUCUUCUAAGAAAACAAGUCUCUCACCACUCACACACUCAAACACCACACAUGUCGAAGGUUGCACUCAAACCACUGUCUCCACAAACUACCAGAGCCCCCUCCUCACAACCCUACAACACCAGUAACUAUAUACCUCCAGCCCAACCGCGGGUGACCUUUUUGGAAGACCAAAACCGACCCCAGUCCCCACUUUUCCCUGACCACAGUCUCCACUCAUUGUCCGAGCCUCUGUUUCUACGAGAGGAACCUCCUCGGGAUGGAGGCAACUCUCCUUCCAGACGUCUAUCCUCCACACCGCGCCCGUCCCCCAGGAAAAAGCUUCAAAGAGAGAUCACAGAAGAACCAACUUUGUCUCCGAUGGUGUUCCAAGAGCCGUUAUCUGACAGGCAGCCACCUCGUGCCCCCUGUGAUGAGGUGGCGACCUCAGGUGAUUUUUCCUCUGAGCUCAGUCCGCCCCCAAAUCCGCAGCUCAAGAGCACAGCACGAGGCCAGACCAGUCCACCGGAGCUGCAGCCUGUUGUCUCCAGUCUGGAGUCUUCCCCUCUGCCAGAGAAACUCAGCAUGGAAGAUCUCACAGGGACUUUGACAGAGCCCGGCCACAUUCCAGAGCUUCUCCCGGACACUGUCGUCCCUCUCUCCGAGGAGGCCCCUGACGGCCCGGCUGUCCCCCGCCCACAGGACCUCCCAGAAGACCCCGAAGACUCGCAGGGCCAAGCGGGAGUCCAACAAACCUUAGUUGAAUCUGGAGGGGAAGAAGAAGGGGAGGAAGAGGAUGAGGAGCAGAGGUGGGAAAGAGAGCGAAAAGAAAAGCAAGAAAGAAGGCAAAGGGAGGAAGAGGAAGCCAGAGAGAGGGAGCUGCAAGAGCUUGAACGACUCGAGAAAGAGACGCUUUGGCAAGAGGAGCACACAGGAGAGAAAGAAGAAGAGGGAAAAGAAGAAGGAAGUGGAAUGAAGGAAGAAGAUAAAGAGCAGAGGAGACAGACGGAUGAUGAAGAGGAAGAGAAAGCUAAAAGUGAAAAUCCACUUGAGAAAUACAUGAAGAUGGUCCUGGAAUCUAGAGAGAAGCAGCGUGCACAGAAGCCUGAAGGAGAAGAAACAGGACUCGCAAGCCCAGAGGUCAAGAGUCUGUCUGAGGAAAAAGAUGACAGCAUCGCAGCUUAUUCACACAAGGAUGAAGAUGAUUUCUGGUGAGCUGGUCGUCCCCCUCAGUUCAUAAACUGAUGAACUUCACAAGCCUGUGUAGAUUUGUACUCUUUUAUUAAAUGAGAGGAUUGUACAUUUG